AUGAUAAAACGUGCAUUAAGUUCUGUUCCUAAUACUUUGUAUUGUCAUCCUGUUAAUAGUAGUGACCCUUUUUUACUUGUCCGUAGGAAUUUAGUUUCAGGCGAUGAGCUUCUCUCCGACUCGUUUCCUUACAAGGAAAUCGAGAAUGAUAUCUUGUGGGAGGUUGAAGGAAAGUGGGUUGUUCAAGGGGCAAUUGACGUAGACAUUGGGGCGAACCCGUCGGCGGAGGGCGGAGAUGACCAGGCCGUCAAGGUUGUGGAUAUUGUUGACACUUCUAGGCUUCAGGAGCAACCUGCUUUUGACAAGAAGCAAUUUGUGACUUACAUGAAGAGGUACAUCAAAUCGCCGACACCAAAACUGGAACCAGAGAAGCAAGAGCUGUUCAAGAAGCAUAUUGAGGGGGCCACCAAGUACCUGCUCUCUAAGCUUAACGAUCUCCAAUUUUUUGUGGGGGAGAACAUGCAUGAUGAUGGAAGUUUGGUGUUUGCAUACUACAAGGAAGGCUCUACUGAUCCAACUCUUAUUUACUUGGCCUAUGGAUUGAAGGAAGUCAAGUGCCAAUCCGGUUGUGACCCUCUGAGAGGUUCUCCAUGCAGUUCCAGUGUAAUCUUCCACGUGGUGUGA